AUGAUUAAUUAGUCGACGCAAACACUUAUCUGAUCCAGUUGCAUCCGAGCGUAAUAAAUGAUAAUCUUCGUUGAAAUUGCAGCGUAAAUAUAAUAUUUAGAUUUAGUUAGUUUUCCAGCAGUACGCAGGUCAGACGCAGACAGUCGCAGUCGUUACGUUACCUACGAGGCAGUAUGGCUGACGAUAAUUCAGUAAAAGCUUCGAAGCCUAAGAAAAGUAAAGGUGAACGAAGUCGGAAGGAAUCUGAAAUAGCGCAGGAUGAAAUUAAAAAAUUCAAGGAGGACCUACUUCAGUCUGCUACAACAGGAGAUACGAUAUUUUCUGAAAAGAACAUCGAACACGAACAAACCAGACGAUAUUCGGCGUGUAAAGCGCGCCAGUCUAUAUGUGUUCCCGACAACGUCAUGGCUGAACUUGAUGAAAAUAAAAUUUUUGAAUUGAAAGAGGCAUUUCUCCUGUUCGACCUGAACGGUGACGGAUAUAUUGACCACAAUGACUUGUGCGGAACCCUUAUUAGUCUUGGAGAGCAAGUUGAUGAACAUGCUGUUAGAAAUAUGCUCGCUGAGGCAUCAAGCCCUAUGGAUUUCAAUUCUUUUGUCAACCUCCUCGGGUAUAAGACGUUGGAACUUGAUUCUGAGGAAACACUCAUCGCAGCACUUUCUCGGUGGGACAUUGAGAACACUGGCUACAUUUCUGAAGAAAGAAUUCGUCACGACUUAAUGACAUGGGGCGAUCGUUUCACUGAAAAGGAAGCUGACUAUGCUUUGGACGGGGCACCGUCUAUACAGAAGGACGGAUACACUUUCAUAGAUUACAAGCAAUUCUGCACCAAGCUCAGUGGACUCAGGAAGCCUAACAAACAAGCUUUACAAGUUUGAGAGAGUAUUCGGGAUAUGGGCUUGGAAAUACGAAUUACUUAAAUGUUGUUUGCUUUUCAUGUUUAUUCUAAACAUUUUGGAGAAAAUUGUUAUUAAAUUAACGUUUUGUAUUUUAA